ACUAAGAAGUCAACUGUUGUUCCUCCUUGAAGAAAACCAUAAGUCUUACAUGGCAUCUUCAGCAUAAGAUUCACGAUGUUGAAUUUGAAAUCUCUGAAGUAUUCUCCACGUUUCUCUGUUGUUGGUUCCUCACUCCUUCUUCUGAACUCACAGGUACCUUCUUCUUCUUCUUAUUCAGUCUUCAUCAUUCAACACUAAUAAAAGCACCCACCACCCAUUUGAUGAAAGUCAGGAACCAAACCAAAAAGCAUAAGAAGCAUAGAGUCUUCAAACUUCGAAGUCAAGAACAAACAUAGCAGAAUAGGUGUUUUGGAGUUUGAAUCUAUGGAUCGUGAGAAGGUAGAUUGGUCUGAACUCCCCAUAGAGCUAUGGCCCAAGAUUGGAAAGUGUCUAGAGAAUCACAUAGAUGUUCUAAGAUUCAGAAGUGUUUGUGAAACUUGGAGAUCUUCCAUCCCUUCUUCUCAUCCAAAUUCUCCAUCUUUUCCAAUGAAAAUCCCUCACCCCAUCAAUUCCUCCAUUAAAGCAAGCCUUACCCAAGCUACCCUUUAUCUUAUUGAGUCAACUGAUGCAAGCUUUGGCUCCAAGUUGGAUCCUUUGGCACCUUCUUCUUCCAAAGGGUGGUUGAUCAAGGUUGAAGAAGGUCCAAAGGGUGUUUCUUUGAGGCUGGUUAGCCCAAUAUCUGGCCGGAAAAUCUUUCAUCCUUCUGAAGAUUCUCCAAUGAUUUGGAACCUUUUGAACUAUAGAGUCAUUGAAUUAUGCAAAUCCUACACCCUUCAGAACACUGGCAGGUUCUCUGCUUCUGUGAGCAAGGUUGUUUUCUUUCCAAACUCUUCUUGGGUUGGUGUUGAAGAUUCGGUUGCUUGUUGUGUGUUUUUAGAGGGAAGAUUGGGGAUAAUGAAACAUGGUGAUGAGAAAUGGGCACUAGUGGAUGACAAGAAUUUCUAUUAUGAUGAUGUUAUUGUGCAUAGGGGACAAUUCUAUGUCACUGAUAAGUGGGGCACUAUCUCAUGGGUAGAUACAAAUUCCUUGAAAUUGAUUCAGUUCACACCUCCCUUGUGUGGUUUUGGUAACAAGAAACAUUUGGUCGAAUCAUGCGGGAGUCUCUAUGUUGUUGAUAGGUACUAUGAAACUGAGCCAAGGAGGAGAAACUACUUCGGCCGCCAGGAAAACCGAGAUGCUGCCGUGGAAUGUUUCAAGGUUUAUAAGUUGGAUGAAGAUUGGGGAACUUGGGUUGAUGUGAAAAAAUUGGGAGAUAGAGCCUUCAUUUUGGGUAGAAAUUGUAAUUUCUCUGUUUCAGCUAAAGAACUCACUGGAUAUCAAGGGAACUGCAUUUACUUCACUGAUAUGUUUGAUUUAAGGAUGUACAGCUUGGAUGAUCAUAGCAUUGUUACCAUUGACUUUGAUCCAAGUAUUGAGAAGAAUAUGAUGCCUCAAACCGCUUGGCUAGGUCACACUAUUUGAGUUUAAAGCUAAAAGCAUAUACAUGAAGGAAGAAGAACCUCUCUGGAGAAGUUCAUGGUGAAGAGGCAUACUAUUGCUGAUCUUAAUUUAUGGAAGCCACUUUUGCUUGCUAUGUAAUUAUUGGUUCAUUUGCUACUUGAGUGUCACACUAGGAUUCUUUUGGUUCUCCAAGAUAUUCUCAUUCCACCUUUGUAUUAUAUAUAUAUAGGCUAUAGCAACAACUUUGUAUCAUAACAAAAAUCAAGAUCUAUGUUGCGCUUCCAUUAGUAUAUAAUGAGAUUGGGUUGUGUACUUGAAGAUUGAUUUGGUAAUAAUAUGAUAGAAACCAAGGGGAAUUGGGACUUCUAUCUCUUUUUUUUAUGA